GUAUCAAUGUCUAAUGUCAUACUAAAGUGAAAUUUUUACGAAAACGAUCGAUAAAUAUAAGGUUUGUUCCUUUAUUGCUGCACUGGGAUUGCAUUAUAACAGGAUAAUACAAGACAGAUAGAUAGUCUGAUCUGUACUAUCUUGUUUAGUACAGUUCCAGUGCAGCUAUAAAGAACAAAUGAUUUCCUGCAAGAGCGAAAUUAGUUAUUUGAUACCACCAGAGAGAGCGGUACUGUCAAAGUAUUUAUGUCAAAAUAUUGUACAUUUCUUGCAAAUUAUUUUAAUGAAAUUAUUGCACAUAGACAUAAUUCAUUAGACUUUAUUGACAGCAAGGUACUCUUGAUCUAGUUAUUAAUAAGAUUCUCUCUUACAUUUUUCUUUUUGUGAUAAAUAUAUUUUGUUCCGAUUGAACAUUGAAGAUCCCAUACUAUGGCACCUAAAAGAAAAUGCAUAUUUAAUGAUAAAUUACAAGAAGAGUUCCCUUUUAUUAAAAAGACAGUUACAGAAAGUGAUGUUAGAUGUGAAAAAUGUACGGCUAAUUUUAAUAUUGCAAAUAGUGGGAAAGCGGCAAUAAAACAGCACAUAGAGACAUCAAAGCAUAAAGAGGCUGAUUUGAGAGCUUCAUCAUAUAAACAGAUAAAAUCAUUUUUUAGAAGUGAAAUGUUUCAAGAUAGAGAAAAAUCUUUGGCUCUUAAAGAAGCUAGCUGGAGUUAUCAUUUAGUACAACAUAAUCAUUCGUUUCGUUCUAAUAACUGCACUUCAAAAUUAAUAAAAAAAUGUUUUGAUGAACAAUAUUCUUGUGCUAGGACAAAAACAGAAGCUAUAAUUCUUAAUGUUUUUAGUCCAUAUUUAGUUAACUUGUUAAAAACUGAUUUAUCUAAAGUGAAUUAUGUUACAAUUUAUUCCGAUUGUUCCAAUCAUGGUAAUGUAAAAUUAUGUUCGGUUCUUAUUAGAUAUUUCUUACCAAAUGAAGGUAUUAAAGUUAAGAUUUUAUCUAUAAAACAAUUACCAGGUGAAACUUCAGAUAUUUUAAAAGAUUGUAUCUGGGAUUUGCUAAACGAAUAUGAAUCUACAAAAAAAUUAGUGGCUUUAUGUGCUGAUAACACCAAUUGUAAUUUUGGUGGCGCUCAAAGAAAAGGCAAAAAUAAUGUUUUUUAUAAAAUUCAAAGAAUGUGUGACAAUAAGUUAAUUGGUGUCAAUUGUGCCGCCCAUAUAUGCAAUAAUUGCAUUUGCACUGGUUCGGAAUGUCUCCCAAUUGAUAUUGAAGUUAUAUUAGUAAAAAUUUAUUCAUAUUUUUACAUCUAUACAAUCAGAAUUGAAAAUUUUAAGGAAAUUUGUGAUGAUGUAGAUGUUCAAUAUCACAAAUUACUAGGUUACGUAAAACCAGAUGGUUGACUCUGUUACCAGCUUUAGAAAGGAUUUUGAAAUUGUUCCAUCCUCUUAAAUUGUAUUUUUUGGAGCAAGAAAAAUGUCCUACAAUUUUAAAAAUCUUUUUUAACAAUCCUUUUGCUGAAGCAUGGUUAUUUUUUGUUCACAGUCAAGCUUAUACUUUUCAUACACAUAUUCUAAAAAUAGAAUCUCAAAAUAUUUCUAUGUGCGAAACUUUCCAUAUUUUGAAAGAAUUAAAAUUAAAAUUAAUUGAACGUAAACAACAAGAGUUCCUACCUAUAAAUGUUAAAAAAAUUAUUUUAGAAUUAGAAAUAUACCAAAGCCAUGAAGUUAAAUUAUUUAAAGAAAAUGUGCAAUUAUUUUACCAAACCUGUAUUGAAUAUUUAAAUCAAUGGGACAAUGCUUUCCUAGAAAUGGAAGUAUUUGAAUGGAUUCUUUUACGAGAAAUUCCAUUAUUAUGGUCAAAAGUGGAAGAGAGUCUUUCUCUUAUUUUAAAUAAAAUAGAACUAAAUAUUGAUGACGGUGAACUAUUUGAUGAAGUUUGUUGCAUAAGAAGCUAUAUUACCAAAGAAAAACUUGAAGAGUGGCAAAAAAAUACAAGAAUGCCUUGUGAUGAAAAAUGGAUAGAAAUAUUUAAGCAUUUUAGUGAGAAACAAAUAUCUUUUAAAAAUAUAUUAAAAAUUGUUGAAUACUGUUUAUGUCUUCCUGGCUCAAAUGCUCCAACUGAAAGAACAUUUUCAAUUAUUAAUAAUUUUUGGAGCAGCGAAAAAGCACAAAUAAAAGUUGAAACUCUAGAAGCCUGCAUUCGCACAAAAUUCAACUACGAUAUGAAUUGUUUGCAGUUUCAUGAUUUUCUCAAAAAUAAUCAUAAACUUUUAAAAAAAUCCAUUUAUCUGAAAAAUAUCA